UUUUUUUCUCGCUUUGCCCCCUCAGCUGCCUCGCUGCUCGCUAUCCCUCCCCAUGCUCCCGGGGCAGCGGGAAGCUCCGCGGUGCGUACCCCGGAGCUGAGCUGCGGAAGCACGUAGUCCCUUUCCCCGGGCAGGAUGUACACGGCCGGGCUGGCUCCGUUCUACGCCUCCAACUUCAGCUUGUGGUCAGCGGCUUAUUGCUCGGCAUCGGGGCCGGCAGCCGGCAGCUGCUUCCCGCUGGACGCCUCGGCAGCGAAGAAACCUUCUUUCUGCAUCGCCGACAUCCUCCACGCUGGCGCUGAAGCGGCAGGAGGACCCGCAGACAGCCUGCCCGGAGCUCCCGGUACCGGCAUACCGGCAGCGCUGGGAGCCGUUCACCACGGCGCUCCCUUCCACGCUACCGCCUCUCCGCUCCGGCCCACGCCCGUUGUGGCCCCAGACGCCCCUUCCACCGCCUUUCCGCCGCGCCUCUCGCCGCUCUCCGCCGCCUACCACUCCCACCACCACCGCCCCACGCAGCACCGGUCCCCCGCGGCGGCGGCAGCGGCAGCAGCGGGCGGCGGAGGCGGCCCAGCCCCGGCCCGGCUGCCCGGCGGCCACACGCACGGCUCGGCGCCGGCGCCCGCCAGCAAGGACCUGAAAUUCGGCAUCGACCGCAUUUUAUCGGCGGAGUUUGACCCCAAAGUCAAGGAAGGCAACACUCUUAGAGAUCUGACCUCCUUAUUAACUACCAGCCGCCAAACUGGGGUUCAUGUCCCCAACUUGCAGCCUUCCGCCGGCCAGUUCUUCGCGUCUCUAGACCCCAUUAACGAGGCCUCUGCUAUUCUGGGUCCCUUAAACACAAACCCAAGGAGCUCAGUUCAGCACCAGUUUCAAGACACUUUUCCAGGUCCAUAUGCAGUUUUAACCAAGGACACGCUGCCCCAGACGUACAAGAGGAAACGUUCCUGGUCCAGGGCUGUUUUUUCCAACCUGCAAAGGAAAGGUUUAGAAAAACGGUUCGAAAUCCAGAAAUAUGUCACCAAACCAGACAGAAAGCAACUGGCGGCAAUGCUGGGGCUGACAGAUGCUCAAGUGAAGGUGUGGUUCCAGAACCGGCGGAUGAAGUGGCGGCACUCCAAGGAGGCUCAGGCCCAGAAGGACAAAGAGCUGCCGCCAGAACCGGAACCGGAGCAGACGGCCCAGCGAGCUGCCGGACCACCAGCCGCUACCGGCGAGCCCGAGCGCAGCCCCAGCCGCUCCGAGGGCGACAGUGACAGCAGCGACGCCGACUCCCUCGACAUGGCCCCCAGCGACACGGAACGGACUGAGGGCACUGAGCGGAGCCUGCCCGCCGCCGGGCUCGGCAAAUCCUCCGGUAGCACCGGCCUCCCUUCCCCGCCGCCACCUGCCUCCGCAGCCAGUCCCGAGCCGCGGAGUGGCCUAUAGACGGGGCGGCCACCGCGGCCAGGACCUGCGCCGUAAUUUAUCUGCCUUCCUCCGCCCCGGGAGCGCGGCACCGGCCUACUCCCUCCUGCGGCCAACGCCCGGCCCG